UCAGGCAAUGUCGAUCCAUAUCAAGCUAGCUUGGCCGGCCGUAAAGCGAGAGUCUGAAGAUCAGGCAGAUCGCCAUUGAUUAGGAUUAUCCUAGGUAAAGUCCCUAUCCUGGACAGACUAGGGCCAUCAGGCGCAAAUAGGAACAGUGGGGAGAUUGUCCGAAAGCCUAGCAGAGAUAUGGCGGGAAAUGUGACGUAUUCAUCAAACGACAAGUAUCGGGCAUUGGAAACCCUCUGAGACCACGUCAGGCCAUUUUGCUGGUGGAUUUGAGCCAGCGACUGUUUCUGAAACCAGCUGUGACGACGAUCCCUUUCAGUAACAAAGAUACCCAUCCUUCACGUAAAUCUGAAGUGCGCAGCAUCCGAAUCAAAGAAGAACCAGUGGAUCCUGAUGACACAGAUACAUCGGAAGGGAAGGUUUCUGAGCGUUUAACAGUACACGAUUCCAACUCUAAAGAGUGGGAUGGAAUACCGAAUUCCAGUGAAAGCUCUAAAGGCACCUGUCAUUACCACAAAGAAUCCUAACUCGAGAAAGGAUGUGUUAAAGUCACAUGCGGCGUCAGCGCUUAGAAAGACUCUUCUCCCCGUGCCAGGUAUUGAGAUCAAAAAAGAACCUGUGGAUUCACACGAGGAAACCCAUGCCAGACAGGAACGUCUUCAAGUUAUUUUCUGCUGAAAAACAAUCCGGUUACGCUAUGGUCGAAUCGAGCAAAAGCUCAUCGAAGUCUAAGUUCUGCUUCACGGAUUUGUCUAAGUUGAAGUCUUUUUGUUUACCUGAAAGACUAAAGACCCCAGUGCUAGCUGAGCAUGUAAAGUCAGAGGUAAUCGAAGACGUAGACGGACAGGGAAGAUCGAACCAAGGCAGCGCCUGCAGUUUAACAACAGUUUCUGUUCCUAAGCAGGGUUCAUCGGUAGAAAAGGUGGGAGAAACUGAAGUGAAUUUAGAGUGUGUUAUAAAAACGGAGCCAUUAGAGGACAGCACACAAUUCUCGGGCAUAACUAUUGAGCCGGUGUCUUCUGAAUGUGACACUAAACUUAACCGCAUGCUGUUUGACUUUGCGGCUUCUAUUAGCGCAAAUUUCCAGAUUCCGGGAAUAAAACAAGAACAGUUAGAACCGGAUUCACCGACAGUCGAUGAUACUGCCGACAGAAUGGUUGACAAAUCAUUCAUAGAAGUUCAGUCAUCAGAAUGCGCCGAAAAACCAACUCCCCACAAACGCACACGGCGUAAAAGGAAAUGUUCAGUCGUUGUCGCAGACAGGAAUACUCGACGGAAGGGAACCAGACGCACAAUGGUUAAAUCGGACGAGGCUGGUUACAAAUGCUAUUGCGGUCAAAGUUUCUUGUGUAUUGCCAAGUUAGUGAUCCAUAGACGCGUUCACACGGGGGAAAAGCCCUGGAAAUGUCCCACAUGUGAAAAGUGUUUCGCACGCCGUGACGUCAUGAAACGUCACUGUAACAUUCACGUCAAUGAUCGGCGAUUCUGUUGUGAUCAGUGCCCCAAACGCUUUCUCUAUUUGUACGAACUUAAUCGCCACAGGCGGACUCACACAGGCGAGAAGCGGUUCGAAUGCCACUUGUGUGGGAAAAGACUGACACAGAUGACGGGCUUGAAGCGACACCUGGAUACGCACAAGGGAGAUAAACCCUAUUCUUGCAACAUCUGUAAGAAAAAAUUUUGCCGGAAGAGUGUUCUUGUAAAGCACAUGGGACGUCGGCACGAAAACAUCUUAGUUCUUUGUCCUAUAUGCGCCAUGGGAUUUCGGUCCAAAUCGGCGCAGAUCGGCCACCUGGCGAGUCAUUCCGGAACUAAACGAAAUCAGUGUGUCGUGUGCAAAGCACAAUUCUCAGGUCUUUACUCUUUACAGCGGCACAUGUCUGUACAUUCCAUCUCCGUGAAGGGUCGGAGAAGGUGACAGUUAUCUACGUUAUUCAUCUUUAAAAGUUACUAUUUGGAAAGUUUCAUCAGGCAUUCCUUGGACUUUCUUUAGCAGCCUUGGACUGCUUCUAUAAGGUAUGCUUCUUUUACGUACAGACGAGCCGUGUCAACUGUUGUCUGCAUUUAUAUUGUUUUUUAGGGCUUUUUUUUCAAUUUCUAAAUGCAUCAUAUUUUACACUGUACGAAUUUUUAGAUGGGAAUUUAAGAGCUAGGGUUUCACUGACGCCGACGGUAACCCCGUAUAUAACUCUCAAUUAUGUAACCACAUUUCAUUCAUUAUUGGCCAUGCUGACCGCCGUCGUAGAAGUGAAAUAUUCUUGAGUAUGGCGUAAAAGACCAAUCAAAAUAAAAUAAAUAAAUUAUUGGCCAAUUGUUAUUUGCAGAUACAAGGCAUAGCAUUAUGUAGGUCUUAUCUCGAUGUAACAUAGUAUCUGUCACAAGAAGUGAUGGUAUCCAAAUAGAAAAUAGAAAUCAAACGUUCACUGGAAGUCGAUCACACUCAGCGACAGUACCAAGAGGCUUAAAAAAGCAUACAUCGUAUAAGCCUGUGUGUACCAUUUUUCUUUGCAAUUUGUUUUCUUUAAAAAAAAAUUCACCUGAAUAUACUGCGUGAAUUUUAAAGAAAAUUUCAUAGGGUAAGAUUUAGAAAUCACACAUUCGAAUAUAUUGAUUUUCUUUUUUUUUUAGGCGUAAAACACCUAUCAAGUUAGUGAAUACAUUUUUAUGUAAAUUCAUUAUAUAGAUAUAAAUGUGAUAGAUAUAGAUACAGAUAUAUCAAUAUCAUGUCAUAUUUUUACCAUGGAUAUGAGGUCGUUUGAAGCAUGUUAACGUUCAGCUCACAAGAAAAGAAAGAUCUAGGCCUGGAAAUUUUCACUGCGUGAAUUUAAUUAUAAUUUGAUUUCAAAUUUUUAGCGGACGCCAUCUUCAGUAUGCAUUAUAGUUAGUUGUUCCUAUACCUAAAGGGUACGACUACAGGUUCUUUUGGCGUUUAUUGCAAUCUAGUUAGAUUGAUUACUUUCUGUCCUUUAAUGUUAGGAAGUUUUUAGAGUUCAUGUUGCGCUUGAAAUAUAUCUUAAACAAUUUUAGUUUAAUUCGCUUUGCUAUUUCAGAAUUUUAAAGAAUUUCUUUAAAACCACCCUUGGCAGCGUCAACUUGCAUGGUAUUUUGGUAGUGAAUGUAAUCUUAAGAUUGAUUCCUUUCGCUCAGUUAAUGUUUAUACGAAACUUACAGGUCUUUGCCUAGUUAAGAUAAGUUCAAGUUUAUUUAUUUUCAUGCGUCUUGAUAUUUUAAUGAGAAGUUGGGGAUCAUUUUGUUUGGUCAGAAUGAUCAUAUGGGCCACAUAUCACAGCCAAGGUGGAUAGAAUAUCGGAUUGUCCAGCUUUGAUUCUAAAUAAUUACAUGUAAAAUUUGUUGGCUGAAUGUUUUGAAUUCUUGAUUUUUGGAACGAUUUUAAUUUAAUUUUUAAAAAAAACUUUCCCGUGAUACGAUAUAUGGUUUUAGCUCUUAUCAUUAAUUUAUUUUUUUUACACUGUACGAAUUUUUAGAUGGUGGGAAUGUAAGAGCUAGGGUUUCACUGACGCCGACGGUAACCCCGUAUAUAACUCUCAAUUAUGUAACCACAUUUCAUUCAUUAUUGGCCAUGCUGACCGCUGUCGUAGAAGUGAAAUAAUUACAUGUAAAAUUUGUUGGCUGAAUGUUUUGAAUUCUUGAUUUUUGGAACGAUUUUAAUUUAAUUUUUAAAAAAACUUUCCCGUGAUACGAUAUAUGGUUUUAGCUCUUAUCAUUAAUUUAUGAACAGCUUAAUUUUGUAUUUUUGACAAUUUUAGUGUAUGUUUCAGAAAAAGUUUUGAAAUCAGCUGUUAACAAUUUUGAUUUAUUGUUUUUUUUUCUUGAAUGUUAACGAAUGUUUUAAUUGAAUUAUUUAUUUAUUUAUUUGAUUGGUGUUUUACCCCGUACUCAUAAUUGAAUUAUAAAUCAAUAAAUAAAUGUUGCAAUUUGAGAGGAUGUCCUAUGUUUGCUUCCAUACACCAGUUGAUGCUUGACUACCAAUC